AUGUCCAAGAUCUUGCUCAUCCUCGGCUCGGGCGCCAGAGUCGGAGCUCACACCGCCAAAGCCUUCGCCGCGCAGGGGUAUAGAGUCGCGAGUGCGUCUCGCACGGCGCCCCAGACGCCCGACGGUUCGCAUCUGCACGUCACUGUCGAUCUGUCCAAGGCUGGGACCGUGCCCGAGGUGUUUGAGAAGGUUAGGCAGGAGUUUGGCGGCGAGCCGAGCGUGGUGGUUUAUAAUGCUGCGUUCUUCAGCCCCGACCCACCCGACAGUCUCUCCGUCUUCACGCCCUCGAGCAUCAGCCACUAUGAAACGUCGCAAGCCGUAAACUGCACGUCGGUGCUGGUCGCCAUGCACGAAGCGACAAAGGCGUUCCGCAACGCCGGCCCGGACGCCUCCAAGACCUUCAUCUUCACGGGAAACGCGCUCAACACGGCGACCUUGCCACAAAUGCUGAUCUUUGGACUGGGAAAAGUCGUCCCCUCGUACGCGAUCAAAUACGUCGUCGAGCAGAAUGCCUACAAGGAUGAUGGGAUCAAGUUUUACUAUGCCGACGAACGUACUAUCGAAGGCGCACCCGCGUACAGAGAUAUCUCCGGCGAGGCCCACGCGGAGGAGUACUUGAAGCUUGCCGACAGGAAAGACCAGGGUCCUUGGUGGUACACGUUUGUCAAGGGGACCGGGUAUAAAGACUUUGAAGGGAAAGUGAAGUUGUGA